AUGGCCGCGGGAGCCGGGACGGGGGGUCCCGCUUCCGGCCCGGACGUCGUGCGUGAUCCAGCGGCGUCACAGUCGAGGAAGCGGCCCGGUCGGGAGGGCGGGGAGGGUGCGCGGCGAACGGACGCGAUGGCGGGAGGAGGCGGGAGCAGCGACGGCAGCAGGAGGGCGGCAAGCCGGCGGGCGUCCCGCAGCAGUGGGCGGGCUCGGCGGGGGCGGCACGAUCCCGGGUUGGGGGGCGCCGCGGAGCGGGGCGCGGGGGAGGCACGGCUGGAGGAGGCGGUGAACCGCUGGGUGCUCAAGUUCUACUUCUACGAGGCGCUGCGGGCCUUUCGAAGCAGCCGGUACGGGGACUUCAGGCAGAUCCGGGACAUCAUGCAGGCUUUGCUUGUCAGGCCUUUGGGGAAGGAGCACACCGUGUCCCGGCUGCUGCGGGUUAUGCAGUGCCUUUCGCGCAUUGAAGAAGGGGAAAAUUUAGACUGUUCCUUUGAUAUGGAGGCUGAGCUCACACCCCUGGAAUCAGCUAUCAAUGUGCUGGAGAUGAUUAAAACGGAAUUUACACUGACAGAGGCAGUGGUGGAAUCCAGUAGAAAACUGGUCAAGGAGGCUGCUGUCAUUAUUUGUAUCAAAAAUAAAGAAUUUGAAAAAGCUUCAAAGAUUUUGAAAAAACAUAUGUCCAAGGACCCCACAACUCAGAAGCUGAGAAAUGAUCUCCUGAACAUUAUCCGUGAGAAGAACUUGGCCCACCCUGUUAUCCAGAACUUUUCCUAUGAAACCUUCCAGCAGAAGAUGCUGCGCUUCCUGGAGAGUCACCUGGAUAAUGCAGAGCCCUACCUCCUCACGAUGGCCAAAAAGGCUUUGAAAUCUGAAUCUGCUGCAUCAACUACAGUGAAGGAAGAAAAACAGCCAGCACCAGAGCCUGUGGAAAAGCCACCCAGAGAACCUGUGAGGCAGCUACGGAAUACUCCUACCACCUUUGGAAUUAUGACUCUAAAAGCAGCUUUCAAGACUCUGUCCGGUUCACAAGAUUCUGAGGCAGUCUUUUCAAAACUGGACCAGAAAGAUCUGGUACUUCCUAAUAAAACAUCCCCAUCAUCGCCAGCCCUCAAAAACAAGAGACCGAGAAAAGAUGAAAACGAAAGUUCAGCCCCUGCUGAGGGAGAGGGUGGCUCUGAACUGCAGCCCAAGACCAAGCGUAUGACAAUAAGCAGAUUGGUUUUGGAAGAGGAUAGUCAGAGUACUGAGCUGAGCCCAGGCCUCGACUCCUCUCAGGAAGUCAUUCCAUCGUCACCAUCCAAGCCUGCUGUUCUCAACCAACCGCUCCCCAGGGAGAAGAAUCCCAAGUUACCCAAAGGCAAGUGGAACAGUUCUAAUGGGGUUGAAGAAAAAGAGACUUGGGUGGAAGAGGACGAACUGUUUGAUGUUCAGGCAGCACCAGACGAAGAGAGUACAACCAGUGUAACAAAAAAGCAGAAGUGGACUGUAGAAGAAAGCGAGUGGAUCAAGGCUGGAGUGCAGAAAUUCGGGGAAGGAAACUGGGCUGCCAUUUCUAAAAAUUACCCAUUUGUUAACCGAACAGCUGUGAUGAUUAAGGAUCGCUGGCGGACCAUGAAAAGACUUGGCAUGAAUUGAAACAAGCUUUCAUUUCCCCAGGA